AUGAUCGUGAUUUUACUGAUAGUACUUGUCCUUGGCUGGAUUUCGAUGUUCAGAUACAGACGAAGGAAUAUGUACAAGCUGGCAGCGGCUAUCCCAGAUGUGGACGAGCAUAUACCAUUAUUAGGCAUAGCCCAUAAAUUCACUGGCAACACAGAGGAGAUAAUGUCGAUGCUUCAAAAAUACAGUUAUAACUCUAUGAAGCAUAACGGCCUAGCGAAAGGCUGGUUGGGUCACGUUCUUUAUUUUGCGUUAUUGAACCCCGUUGACUUGGAGUUAGUUCUCAAGACAUGUUUGGAGAAAGACGAUUUACACAGAUUCAUGAGAGUUGUAAUCGGUUACGGCGGAAUUUUCGCACCAGUGUCCAUAUGGCGAAGACGUCGGAAAAUUAUGGUGCCAGCUUUCAGUCCCAAAAUAGUUCAGAGUUUUGUAGGAAUAACCUCCGAGCAAAGUGAGAAGCUUGCUUCAAAUUUGGGUAAAUGUGUCGGCAAGGGGAAGUUCAGCUCAUGGCCUUUUCUAAGCGCUUACACAUUGGACUCUAUCUGUGAAAUAAUUUUAAUAAAAAUAAAGUAUAAGGAUUCAAAUUUCUUGAUAUCUAUGAAUCGUAUACUUAAUAUUGUCUGUAUGAGGAUAUUUCAUUUGUGGCUGCAACCGACCUGGCUAUUCAAGCUUUUUCCUGUCUUUCAUGAGCACCAGAAGUGUAAAAAAUUGCUACACGAUUUUGUUGAUGAGGCAAUACAAAAGAAAAGAGAAGAAAUUGGGACGGAAAAUAAUUCUGCCAUAGAAGUUGAUUAUAAGUAUGACUUAGGAUCAUACAAAAGUAAGACAUUUCUUGAUCUCCUCAUUACAUUAUCUGGAGCUGAAAAAGGUUAUACUAACAUUGAACUACGAGAAGAAGUGCUGACAUUGACAGUGGCAGGUACAGACACGUCUGCAGUCGCCAUUGGAUUCACACUAGAGCUGUUAUCAAAAUAUCCUGAAAUACAGGAAAAAGUUUACAAAGAAUUAUGCGAAGUGUUCGGCGAUUCGGAACGACCUUUAGUAAAGGAAGAUUUAGAAAAAAUGAAAUAUUUGGAGAGAGUUGUGAAGGAGUCGCUCAGAUUAUUCCCUCCAGUUCCGUUUAUUAUAAGAAAAGUUUUGGAAGAUAUUACGCUACCAUCCGGUAACGUUUUGCCUGCCGGUUCAGGAGUAGUGGUUUCUAUCUGGGGAAUUCACAGAGACCCAAAGUACUGGGGUCCGGAGGCGGAACACUUCGACCCAGACAGGUUUCUACCGGAGCGUUUUAAUGUCGAGCACCCGUGCUGCUACAUGCCGUUCAGUAGCGGUCCUAGGAAUUGCCUGGGUUAUCAGUAUGCAAUGAUUUCGAUAAAGACUUCUUUAUCUGCGAUACUGCGGAGAUACAAGGUAGUAGGUGAACCGGAGAAAGGUCCUGUUCCUCAAAUUAGAGUCAAACUGGACAUCAUGAUGAAGUCAGUGAACGGAUGCCAGGUGACUUUGGAGAGAAGGCCAACAAAAUAGCAUUGCGCGAACAUGUACAAUCGUAGAUUGUCAACGCACAGUUAAAACGUAAAAAUAGGGAAGUUAUUAUGGUAUACCAAAUACAACAUGAAAAACAUUUCUAAAUACUUUUUAAACCUAGGAUUUUUAAAAGUUUUUUUUUCGAGUUUUCUUAAUAAUAUAAGUUGCUUUUUUGAGAGGUAAUAAAUACUUUGGUGUUUUUUAAAUGGUACUAAAUUUA